CUUCCAAGGGCCCCAUUGUCAUUUCUGAAAGGAGACAAUCUUAAAGAUCCCAUGCGCCAAUCUCCAGUGCAGAACAAUUCUCUGAAAGGUCAGCCGGCUUUGAAACGUUUAAGCAGAUUCUAGAGGGACUCAUGGAGAAGUACGAGAAGAUUGGGAAGAUUGGGGAAGGAUCCUACGGAGUCGUGUUCAAAUGCAGAAACAGAGACACGGGGCAGAUUGUGGCAAUAAAGAAGUUCCUGGAGUCAGAAGAUGAUCCUGUGAUUAAGAAGAUCGCACUCCGCGAGAUACGCAUGUUGAAGCAAUUGAAACAUCCCAACUUAGUAAAUCUCCUGGAAGUCUUCAGAAGAAAGCGGAAGUUGCACUUAGUGUUUGAAUAUUGCGAUCACACGGUCCUCCACGAGCUGGACCGGUACCCACGGGGAGUUCCGGAACAUCUUGUGAAAAGCAUUACCUGGCAAACGUUACAGGCGGUGAACUUCUGUCACAGACAUAAUUGCAUUCACCGGGAUGUGAAACCGGAGAAUAUCCUUAUAACCAAGCACUUUGUCAUCAAGUUGUGCGACUUUGGAUUUGCCCGAAUACUAACUGGACCCUGUGACUACUACACCGAUUAUGUGGCUACCAGGUGGUACCGCUCGCCCGAGCUGCUGGUUGGGGACACGCAGUAUGGCCCACCGGUGGACGUUUGGGCCAUCGGCUGCGUCUUUGCCGAGUUAUUGUCUGGCACUCCUCUUUGGCCAGGAAAGUCUGACGUCGACCAGCUUUACCUUAUCAGGAAAAGCCUGGGAGAUCUGAUUCCGAGGCACCAGCAGGUGUUCAGCACUAAUCAGUUCUUCAGCGGCGUCAGCAUCCCGGAUCCUGAAAACAUGGAGCCUUUGGAGGCCAAGUUCCCAAACAUCUCUCCUCUUGCACUGGGACUGAUGAAGGGCUGUCUGCACAUGAACCCCGCUGAGCGGCUGACGUGCCAGCAGUUACUGGAGCACCCGUACUUCGACAGCAUUCGGGAUGAGGGGGACUCCGGAAAAGAUUCGCAGAGAGGAAACAGGAGGCAGACAAGACUGCACAGAAAACAUUUCCCGGGGCUGCAGCAUCUCCCGCAGUUAACCAACAGCAACAUUUUACCGGCGUUGGAGAGCAAAAAAUACUAUUCCAACACCAGAAAAUUCAACUACCGCUUCCCCAACAUAUAGAUGGGACAGAGGGGCAGCAAGAGACUCGUUAAAUAUUUAUUGUUCUUGGAACAAAGUGGCCGGAAUUUGUGAGCAGAAAAUGAGAUGCACGCUUAUUCCGGUAAACAGCGAGCGCGGCCUUUGAAAUGUAUUUAUAGGAUUCGGCAGUUUAGAUGCAAAUAAACCGUACAGCAAUAUAAUCCCCAGUGAAGCCCAUCUGUGCUCCCAGCGCCUUUAAUUAUACUGAGAACGUCCGCGCAGCAAUGGAUUGUAGCUCGCAGAAUUCUGUCUCUAUAUAUCAUAUUUAACCACAUAGACAGAUGCAAUAAAUAUUCCGACAGAA